UCUCUUCUCAUCAGACGGAGAAACAAGGUCAAGCGAGAACAGGAGAGGAGUGAAGAAGAGGAGAGGAGGACUCGGCUUCCUUCCCUCGGUGUGGUUUCCUGUUUGUAGGUGGGAGGAUGUUGAGACGGUUGCAGCAGCGUUCACACAGCACUGCAGCUUUUUGACACCCGGCGACGUUCUGAGGUGUCACAGUUACAUCUCCUGAUUGGUUCGAGAUGUUUGUGUGAAACUUUUUUUUCUGCCGCUCUGUGCUGCAGGGCCCCUUUUCCAGUUUCCAGUUGCAGUUUGCAGUUAAGAGCGACUGAAAGAGGGCAGUUUGAUCAACCCACACACAUCGUUCACAGAGACAGUGCUGUGAACUUGAAUGGUAGCUGGUUGGUUGAAGCCAAUGCUCCAUCCCUUUGGACAAACCUGAGUUGAUGGUCAAUCAUCGCCUUCCUCACAGGAAACGCUGAGGAAGACGACAAAGCAUUGCAGGACCUGUGGCGGGAGGUGAAGCAAGGUGAUUGGGUGCAGCGACAACAGAGGAGGAGAGUUGGUGACAAAGAGGGAGGAAGGAGGGAGCUGAAGUAGGUCGCUGAAGGUGCAGAUCAGACUCCAGAUCAGAUCAGAACAGAACGAGAGCAAAGAAGUCUUCAGCUAUGGUGGAUGUUUGGUUACAGUAGUCGCCUCAUGUGGACCAGAUACUCCAGGGGGACACAAGACCAGCAGCAGGCCCCGAAACUUCACCCAGCCUCCAUCCUCCUCAUCAACGUAUCGCCUCUCCAACCCCUGUCCUGUCCUGAGGUGUAGAUGAAACAUGACUGCCUCCUGGCUCAUUUGGUUUUUGGUGAGCGCCAUCUUCGUCUCCAUGGUUCUCCUGGCUGUCGUCUGUCUGAACUGCAGGAACAAAGGCCCUCUGGUCUCCAUCAGGCAAGUGAACGCCUCAGAGGAGUACAUGCCAUCCACUGAAUUCAGAAUCAUCCAUCCAUUUGCAGCUCAGCCGUCCACAGAUCUGAACUCCAUCCACCUUUCCUCCAACCUGCUGUCACCUUUCUCACCUUUAGCUGAUCCUGGAACUCAGCGGAGACACAGAUCCUUCACGCCAACAGAAACUGAAAGUAAUCCAAGUUAUGAGAAUCCAGCAGACGGUCCUGACUACAUAAACACUGAGAGCGAUGCAGAAGACCCCGGAUACAUAAUCGUGUUGCCUGAAGGCGAGACACCUCUGACCAAUCAGAGUCGGGCCUCGACGCCCAGCUCAGAUGUUCAGCAUGAUUAUGUGAACGUCCUAGAGAGCAAAGAGGAGAGAGACUAUCUGAAUGUGGAGCCACUGCACUUUCAAACAGGGUCAACACCAGAUCUGUCAACCCAAAGCGACAGUGAUGACGAUGAGGAGAGUGACGAUGAGGAGAACUACGUAAACGUGCAGAGUGGGACACAGACUGAAUGACCACAGUGAGCUUUUUAAAAUGCCAUCUACAUGUCUUCUUGUACCUUUAACUCAUAAUAGUGUUUAUUUAAAACUGCUGAACAACUGAGAAAAGAAACUGAGGAUGAAGAAUGAGUGUUUUUCUCUCAGUUUCUGAAGAUUCAGCUGAAGGAACGUUUCUUUAACAGGCAGAGUUUGUCUGAUUUAUGAUCUGUGGCGGUUAAAAAACAAUAUUCUGCCAGUGAGAGGUUUCAGUUUUAUGACCAAUGCAUCUGUACUCUUGUUGUCAGAUUUAAAAAGCCAUAAUAAUUAAAUGUAAUUCUCACUGAGUGAAAUUGUGCACCAGUCUGAUUUCCACCUCCACAGUUAGCUAUAGAUCGAUAUACUGUAGUCACCCAUUAAAGAGCAACAAAACAAGACACUUUAAGACAUCUUGUGGGACUGUGGCAUUGCAUCAAUCUACAGCUGACUGCAGGAGAGGUAAUCACGCUGUGUACCACAACUGGCUUUCUCAAGAGAGACAAGAUGAGUACAUGUUUAUGUUUAAGUUGUUUUAAAUCAGUAUUUAAAGGGACAGAAAUACUGGUGCUUUGAGUACCACAAGCUGAGUGCCAUCAAAAUACAUAUUUUUCCU